AAGUUCAUGAAUAGCUUUCUUUCAUUUUAGAGCCUCAUUUUUUAUUUCAUUGGCUAGGCGAAAUCGCUCAGUUCAAAAAUAUUCACUUGCAUUCUCAACUGGCUCCAACCUAACCCGGCGUGACGGUUUCUAUACGCUACCUCUUUUCCUCUGAUGCAACCAGCUGCAUCCACUGAGCAUGAAAGGGCUGGGGCGCUUGACCUGUCUAGACGAAGCGUCACUGUUUCCUCUGAUCCGUUGGUGUAUGCUCGAUCCACCAGUCAAUACCAUGCCCAACUUUACAAUGACCAGCAGCAGCGAGUGAGCAGCAAUGACCAUCCGUCAGUCAAACUUCCCAAUCUACCGCAAUUCAACCAGGUGGUAUUGUCACUUGAACCUCCUAAUCUAUAUAAGACGGCUCUAAAGUUGUCCAGUGAAAUCGACUUGCAAAAUUGGUGGUACGCAACCAUUGACAUAUUAUCACAAUCAUCCUUUCAUGCUUCUCGCGUGUGCUUGAGUUUACCGCAAGACCCUAGCGACCCAUACCAUUCGCCCUGGGGAGUCAAAGCUGUUUACAGCAAAAGCAAUAGUACCCAGUAUCAGACUUCAGAUGCAGAAAACGAUCCAUCGACAGAACAUCAGCCCUCGGAUGAUUAUUUUUCAAAGUCAUCGCUGGGCAUGCCUGAUUUCACAUCGGAUGGAUCCAGCGAUAAGCCCAAAGUACCUACUUUGCCAUUAUGUUUUGAAAGUUUGCAACCUUUUGAUCGAGACGAUGAACCCCUUGUGGAUAAGAAUUCCGUCGAUCGAAUCAUUCGCCGUGGCCAUACCGUGGUUCUGUCCAGGGAAUAUCGACAAAGCCCUAGUAGUAUGCAUUCAUCCAAUCCUUCCGAACUUCUCCAUGAACAGGAUGGAAGCGGCAUGUUCAAGAGAAGUCUCAUGGAAAGACUCGAUAGCUAUCAUCAUCACCAUCAAGUACACCAUCAACAACAUGCUCCUCCAGGCACGCAAUUUUCACAACAACCACCACCACCACCUGAUCGAAAAGACUUGCUGCGUCGACGGUCUUCCAACGCCAUUUCGAUGGCUCAAACCCCUCCUCCUCGAGGUACACCCUGUCUGAAUUUAUGUGAUCAUCCUCGAAAUGAAAAGGAUGAAUGUCGGUUUGAAGAAGCCGAAGCGUUACCUCACAGUAGUAGUAGUGGUGAUAUUACGACGAACAACAGUGCCCCACCAGGUGAAGUCCGUGAAUUAUAUUACGACGAAUACGAACAACAUCAACCUUCGCCAUGGUCCCAAUCGCCUGCCCCUUCACCUAUCAUGAUGGAUCCCAAUGUCAACCCGUUCUUUCAAUCCAACAUCGGCAUUGACGAUGACGCCUUCAACCCAACGUCUCCAGAAUCCUAUAGUACAACCUCCAUUCCCUAUCCUGUUCCUAUCGGCAAUAUCCAUUCCAUUGUCCAUAUUCCUAUUUAUCAUCACACCGGCCGUAAUACCGGCAAAUUGCCCACGGGAGCACCGUUCGCCAUUCUCUCUUUCCUUUCCACCGUCGUACCUUACCCGCAAAUUUUAAUAUCCUGCAUUGAAUCCAUCGUGCCUUUUAUUGCCACCAGUCUUUCCACCUGUCUGGCUCAUCAACAUCUCCAACGACAACUGUUUUACUAUCGACAUCAAGAUAGCGGCAAUCACAACCCUUUCUCAACCUCCGAUACGCAGUCGCCCUCCAAGCAUGAGGAAAUCUCCCCGGAAACCGCUUCCAGUAACCCUAUAUCACCAGCACAAUCAAGGCAACAUCCGUACAAUGCCACCACAGAUACGGACUCGGCCACGCCUACACCUACUGCGAAAGGUGUUUUUGAGGAUCCCGGACGAGGUCCCUUCUCAGCUGGUGGUAUCGCCAUGCUUCAGCAAAUGGAGACGAGUGUACCAGAAGACGAUAUGGCACAGGAAGAAGCGCCUGACUUUAAUCUGAAUUACGACAAGCACACCCAAGCCAUUGUUCAACUGACCGAAUCUUCUUCGUCCUCUAGCUUUCCACAGGGACAAGAUACCGCAACCCAUCCGACUUCCAACCGAUUUACGUCGUCUACAGCUGUUUCUACACCCGAUUCAUCUGGAUCGGCCUCCCCCCUAUCAUCGGCUAUGCGACAUGGCUGGGACGCUAUCUCACCCACUACGGGGCUUCCCAUUGUGUCAUCUAUACCGCCUUCCAGUGUGUACCGAUGGCGAACCCUCAGCAGCGGUAGCAGUGCUUAUGACUCGGAAGCCAUUUUAUCUCCCGGUACAAGUGAAGAGAUUGCUAAGCGUCAAGGAGGAAGAAGAAUCAUCCUGCCCGCUCGUACCAAUAUUGUCCAUCCCACCAUGGACGAUGACGCGCUGGCCAGUGACGAAGCGGACGAACCACCUGAAAAACCAAAACCCAAAGUCAAACGCCGGCAUCCACCACCGUCCACCCAACCGACGUUAUCGGGUUCAGAAGACACCGAAGGAGGGGAACGAAAGAAAGUGCACCAGUUCUUCGAAGCGAAUGGUGAUACUGACGUGGUUCCAUCCGAUCUCCCCAUGGAUGAAACCCGUAUGAUCACACCCAAAUCCCGACUUUUGCGACUUAUCAUCGAUGGUAUCCCCAUUCAUGUCUUCACUUGCUCAACACGAACAGGAAGGACCACUUGGGUCAAUAGUCGUGUCAUGCAAUACUCGGGCCAGCCCAUGAAACACCACCUAGGGUCACAUUGGCUAAGCCAUAUGCAUGCUGACGACAGGCACGCCUGCAGACAACAAUGGAAGGAUGCGUUUGAGCGGGGUGUCGGCUUUGCUGGUCAAUACCGACUCAAGCGCUUUGAUGGAGAAUACCGCUAUUUUCUGUGGCGAACUGUGCCGUUGAGAGACGUGAAGGGCAACAUUAUUAAUUGGUUUGGCACUUGCACCGAUAUUCAUGAUGAAAGAGUCGCCAAGGAGCUCAGCAUACGUCAAUUGGAGAUCGAACAUAAUGAACGCAAAUACAGACUGUUGGCCGAAACCAUCCCACAACUCGUUUUUACCUUCUCUCCGGAAUUCGGUAUCACGUACGCCAAUCAAAAGUGGGAGGAUUACUCGGGUAAACCUUUGGAUUGUGCAAAGGGGCUAGCAUUUAUGGCCCAGGUUCACUCGGAAGACCGCCAUAAACUACGUCUACCGGAAGUGGGUGAAGACGAAAGUGUGAGUUGGCAGGAGGAGAUUCGACUCCUGGGCAAGGACGGUGAAUAUCGAUGGUUUUUGAUCAAGUGCAACUCGGUUCAUCAAGACGAGAUUCCUGAUGCCAGAUGGUUUGGUACCUGUACGGAUAUCAAUGAUCAAAAGCAAUUUGAACAAAAGUUGAAAGAAGCCCAUGAUGCCGCUCAAAAGUCGACUGAAAGCAAAACUCGCUUCUUGUCCAAUAUGUCCCAUGAAAUCCGCACACCUCUUAUUGGCAUCACGGGCAUGGUCAACUUCAUGCUUGACUCUGAUUUAACGCCUGAACAACUCGAUUAUGCCCAUACUAUCCAGCAGUCGGCCGAAUCUCUGCUCGUUGUUAUCAAUGAUAUUUUGGACUUGAGCAAGGUUGAAGCCGGCAUGAUGAAAUUAGAGAUGGAACCCUUCAGUCUUUUGGGUAUGGUGGAGGAUGCCAAUGAACUCUUGUCGACGCUUGCUAUCCAAAAGGGUUUAGAAAUGAGUUUUUGGGUCGACCCAGAUGUACCGGAUGUCGUUAUUGGCGAUCGGAUUCGAUUGCGUCAAGUGCUACUGAAUCUCAUUGGCAAUGCUAUCAAGUUCACGACGUCUGGCGAGGUCUAUACCAAAUGUACCGUUCAAAAGCCUAUUACCAGCGAUUCGGAGAUCAUGCUGAUGUUUGAAGUGGUUGAUACGGGGUCUGGUUUUGAUGCGGAUGGCGAAGCGGUUAUGUUCAAGCCAUUUUCUCAAGUCGAUGCUUCAUCCACUAGAAAACAUGGAGGAAGUGGCCUUGGCCUUGUCAUCUCUCGUCAACUCAUCGAACUGCAUGGCGGUAGCGUUACUUGCACUAGCCGUAAAGGCGAAGGCUCAACGUUUUACUUUACUGUAAAAUUCUCUAUUCCCCACCCUGCCACUUUACCACGACCCCAAACUCCACAGGAAGAAACCAUCAAAAGUCCUUUCUUCCGAGCUAGUGCCUACGGCGUGCACUCCCAUGGUAUGACGACACCUCUUCAGCAACAAGUGAUCAGUUCGGCUUUGGAAACAUCAGGGUUUGGGACAUCGUCCCCAUUGGAGCACUCGAUCAAGCAUACACAGCUUGGUGUGGUUACGAGUGCAGCUCGAGUACAAGAGGCCCUUCUCUACAAGACCGCGCCGUCCGGUGGGUUGUUACCUACGGGUGCUGGACAAGCCAAUCCGGAUGUCACUACCGAUUUUGCAGGAGCGGUCAAGAAACGAGAUUUGUCAUGCAAGAUUUCUCGAGAGCUUCAACUUCCAAAAGCCUUUCGAACAUCCACUGACGAUAUAGAGGCUCCCUCUCAGCCAACGCUUUCUGUUCCUUCCCACAUCCAAUCUACACCUUCCGCACCUAUUGCCGCACGAGCCCUCAUUGUAUCGGAAUGGAUCUAUUCUCGAGACGUCGCCAUCAAGCAUAUCGAGACGUUGCUCAAGGAACAUUACAAAACCAUUGAUACACUCGAUGUGUGUCAUAGUCAUGUCGAAGCUUUGCAAAUUUUGACCAACCCUGAUAAAUUACCGUACUCUUGGAUCGUCAUUAAUCUGUCGAUGCAGCAGCAAAUUCUACCUCUCAUUCGGCAUAUCGCUACCUCGCCCGCGCACAAGGAUGCCAUCACCAUCGUUCUGACUACCCAUAUGCAACGAUCGACGAUUUUUGAAGGCGCUUCGGAUGAACAAGACCGCAACUUAUUUGAUAACUGCGAAUUUGUGUUCAAACCCCUCAAGCGUAGCAAGAUUCAACAGUUGUUUCCGUCGAGCGACGUAUCUUCCUCUACUUCCGGUGAAGACCCUGCUGGCUCUAACGCCACGGUGGGUCGAAAACGGUCCUUGCGUAAUCGACACCUGCCCCCUGCUCAGCAAAUGGUUGCUGGUCAACAUGAGGUGUUCCAACGUAUGUUGGCCGAAGUUGGCAACCGGGGCCAUCGUGUAUUAUUAGUAGAAGAUAACCUGGUGAACCAAAAGGUCAUGGUACGGUACCUUGUCCGGGUUGGACUUGAAGUCGAUGUGGUUUCGGAUGGAAGCCAAUGUGUCGACGCUGUCCUAUCUCGUCCUCAUAACUAUUAUGCCUUGAUUCUCUGCGACCUCUUCAUGCCGGUCAAAGAUGGCUAUGAAGCGACCAAGGAAAUCCGUGAAUGGGAAGCUAAAACCCUUCAUACCAAUGCCUAUCCCAUCCCUAUUGUAGCUCUGUCAGCGAAUGUCAUGAGCGACGUUGCUGAAAAAUGCAAACAAGUGGGCUUCUCUAAUUAUAUCUCCAAACCCGUCAACUUCACCACGCUUAGCAACGUCGUACGCGGCUACAUUCAGGAUCAUGAAAAGCACCAAACCACCACUGUAUAAACCAAUUCCCACUGUAUACUCACUCACUUCCAUAAUAAUUACAUAGAUUUGUCUUGACCCAUCCUUUUUUUUUUUUACUAUGCCAUAAAAAUUGUGAUAUCCAAGCCAAUAAGAAAGAAAGCGUAUAAGCAAAAUUACCCAAUCCGAUUCUCC